GCAUUGGGAGCGAGUGCUGUUCUACUGGUGUACCUUUUCAAGUCUGAGGAACAGAUGAAGCUCAAAUGCAUUUCUACUGAGGAUCUCGUGCUUGGUCUGCAGUGUGAUCUGCGCAAUGAAAAGGACGGAAUGCCCCAAACCGAGUGUACAUAACAAGACAACCCUGAUCUGGCGCGACAUCCUGGCUUUGGUCAUUUCUGCCUCCUUCCUGCCUCGUGGGUCAACACCGUCAGCCCCCCGCCGGUAACGUCGACAUUGAAACCGACUCUCACGCAACUCUCGGUGCACAAUUCCCCAAGCAAUUGGCCAGCUACGAAAGGGUGUGCCGGCUGGCUGAGAGGCCCCUAGCUGGCAUGGCUCUCGUCACUUUCACCCUGAGCGAGGACGGCGUGAGCGCCUUCAACGACGCGCUGGUCUGCAUCCACAAGUUCAGUGACGACGUGUCGCUUGAGGUCAAGAAGGACAAGUUGGUCCUCACUGCGCUCAACCUCUCCAAGUCGGCCUACGUAUCCUUUACAUUCGCGGCCAACAGAUUUUUCUCGCGCUUCCACUUCGAUGAGAAUACAGAAUACCGCGAGAGGUUCUUCUGCUCGAUAUAUAUCAAGGCACUCCUCUCCGUCUUUCGCAACCGCUCAGGUGGCGACCCUAACAGAGACCGAGAGAACGUCACCACCAUAGAAACGUGCGAUGUGAUCAUUGAUGAUGGCCCGGGGAAGAAAAGCCGCUUCAUCGCCAAAAUCUUUUGCCGUAAUGGCAUCACUGCGACACACCGACUAUCGUUCGAAGCUAAACCUCCCAUUCAUGCCAAGUUCGACAAGAACGAGGCCGGCAAUCGCUGGUCGGUGAAGUCGAGGACUUUGCGCUCGUUGAUGGAGCAUUUUGGGCCCGGCAUUGAUCUUCUCGACAUCAACACCGACGGUGAGAAUGUUGUCAACUUUACGUGUUUCACCGAAAAGCAAGCAACCGCAAACAACGAUGCUGUACUAAGGAAACCACUCCACACGUCAAUCGCAAUGGAGAUGGACGAGUUCGACGAUAUCGAGGUGGCCGACAAGCUUCACAUCAUCAUAAGUGUCAAGGACUUCCGUGCCAUCCUCCAGCACGCCAAUUACACAAGCGGUGCUCUGAAUGCCGCUUACUCGAGACCCGGCCGCCCGAUGAAAAUUUUCUAUGGCCUGGAUGGCAUCAUGUGCGAGUUUAUCCUGAUGACGGUGGAUGAGAAGAGCACUACAGUGCAAAAGAAGGGGCAGGGUAAAGCCGCCCCAAAGCCCGCCAGACCAAGCCUGAGCGCCGGCCCCAACACACCGGCUGCGGCAGCCAACAACGAAUCCCGACAAGCCACUCCUGCUGCUCCACCGAGGAGGGAACAGCAAGAGCAGCCAGCCAAGAUGCCACCGCCAGCGCGAAGGUCAACGGCCCCACGUUCCUCUCAAUUCGACAUCCGAGCCCCGCUGGUUCAGCCUCAGUCCACGCUCAAAUCCGAGUCGCUGUUCCUCCCGCAGCCAGACGACGAUGAGUUGUGGGCACCCAUGAACCCGGACGAUGAGGAAGAUGGCGAGAACCCUCGGCUGGAGUGGGAUGCUAGUGACGAGCCCGUGAGUAUGCGUGGGUGUGUGGGGCUGAUGGCGACUGACGUUCUCGCAGAAUCCUUCUACCAUGCGGAUCAGCGAUCACUCCGGCAAUACCCAAACCAACCCGCCGGGCGAUGCUGGAGGGCCUGCACCACCGUUCGUGGAACCGACACAAAGGGUGUCCGAAGUCCGCAGGUUUGGUCUCUUUACAGACUGGUGACGCAUGCUGGCUGAUGUGAAGGCUGGUUUCGAAGGCGGAAGUCCCUUGUAAACGCCGCUGAAGAGGGCAGGUUGACUGGUGACCACUCAAGGUUGGCUCGGAAUCGUGAUGCUUAUCCAGCUUGUCGCGCAGCCUGCGCCGACACCCACUAUUUCAGACCCGGAUGGGAUGUACUUCUUGGAAGCAAUCGUGUUCCACCGUCCCUUGACGUCGUUGUUCUCGGUCUUAGGACCGCAGUUGCCAUGCUCGCCCCAGCCCCAAGACAGCACGUCGCCGCCUUCUGUCAUGACAACAGCGUGCUCACUACCGAUGCGGAUCUGACUCAAUCUCGGCAAUUGCGGCGGCGCCAAUUGGCCAUGGUCAUCCUUUCCCCAGCUAACCAGCGAGCCAUCUUGCUGAAGGAUAUAGAUGCCGCCCCAGCUAGCACCGACGUCCUUCCAGUCCAGGGCCGUGGCCGGCGCCGCAGAUCUGACACCUGCCUUGUCCGCACCCAGCACAAGGAUUUCACCGCUCUCGGGUGCACCGAACAGGCACGUAAACUCCCUGCCGCAGACGGCCCGCGAAACUUUAAAGUUCACGCCCUCAACCCGCCGCGGCUCGUCCGCAACGCCAUCCACAGCAGUGCCCAGCUGUCCCUUCCGCCCGUUGCCCCACCCGUAGACCGCCCCAUUGCUGAGCACCGCAACGACGUGACCCAUGCAUGCGGCCAGGUCCACGACCUCGGCACCCGCGGGCGGGAAGUCCUUGAUGCGCGAGAUCGCCGGUGUCCGCACGAUGAACUGGCCCUGCCCCAGCUCGCCCUUCAUCCCGACCCCGAACGCCGACACCGCCGUGUUCCUGCCGAGCUCGUCUGCCUGCACGAUCACCGAGGCCUCCCAUGUCGCGGCUAUGAGCCUCACGGGCGCCGGUGCCGUCCCGUCGUCUGUGGCCAGGGGAAGCCUGACAGGGUGUACCACGUGCUGCUGCUGCUGCUCGCCAGUGUUGGUGGCGGGCCCGCAGGCCCCCGUGGAGGCGUCGCCGGCGCACAAGAGCUGGCCGUCCUGGGUCAGCAGCAGGGUGUGGUUGCCGCCCGCCGCGACCUGGACGAUGGGCGACGUGGGCUCGGAUCCUGCUGGGCUGAAGAUGGCCUGCCGCGGGAUGGAGACGUCUUGGUCAUGGCCGAUGCCUAGCUGGCCGGAUCCGUUGGACCCGAGUGCGUAGACUACUGGAGUUCUGUUUGAGGCUGACAUUUUGCCUGGGCCCUCCCUGUGUGGGAUGUUGAAAGAGUAGACGGGAGGUGCCUAGGUUCUGGCAGCCGGUCUUCAUGAAUAGCUUCCUCGCGGGCUUGCAUGUGGUCCGUGCGCGACUACAUUACAUGACAACUGAGUAUUACAAGGCCUUCCCAAGGUUGCAAAG